AUGCUGGACACUAUAGCUUCGCGAAUAGGACGGCCGCCCGCAAUGAUGCACAAAGAGUCUGUUUCUCCAACACCUUGGAAAACAAAUAGGAACGCCGGUGUGGCAACGCCACCAACGCUCCCGGAAACUUCGACAACGUAAGGCAUCGUCUGCGUCUCAACGAAGGAACUUUUUUUUCUUUUGUAUUGACUUUUUUCGCGGUGUGGGUUUAGCUCAGUUUUGCACUUUUGAGCAGAAAAGCCGAACCUCAAAAAAACAGAAAGAGGCUGAAAAAGUAUCGAAAAAGAAAGAAUUAUGUGAAAGCGAAAAUAAGCCAGAUGCUCGGCUAGCCCAUGUGCGACCAGGUCGGCAAAAAAGCAAAAUGAGACAGGAAAAAAGAAGAAACGAAGCACAUAUGUAAGCGAUGACGACGACUCCGAAGAGCCUGGAGAGUCGGAUCGCAUCGAUAUCGGUCAGGACACAUGUAUCUCAGCAAUUUCAGUGCGAAAGGGGCGGCGUCGAACUGUGGGCGUGCCGGAGAUCCAAGUGGAAACGAGCAGGAGCAGCAGCAACAACCAACAAGACGUUACACCGGUGGCGCCUAUCCUGUUGGCUGCGCCCCCGCCCUCGCCACAGGAGCUGCGGCAAAUUAUAGAAACACAGCCGAGAGAAACGGUUUGUGUAGGAUCGACGAGCAGCUGCCACUGCCGCUGAUACCCACGGCAUCCUCCAGCAGAAAACGCCAAUUGCUUCGAGGGCCCAACGAGCAAGGAAAAGCUCCAACCUCGUUCAAGCCAACGAAAAAACAAAUAGUUUUGUCCUUUGUGGCAAACUCGAAAACACCGCUUGUGCGUCUAUGGAUAGGCUUUCACAUCGGUUUAGACUGCUCAGCUCAAAAAUCCGACGAGUGGAACUUUUUUAUCCAUUGCCUGAAUGAAUCAGAACUUAGCCUUGAUAGUACUGUAGGGAUAUCAUAUAAGUUCAAAAAAGGGGAUUUUAAAAAACUGAAAAAGUUUAGAGAAGUCUUUUUUUAACUGUAACAGGUCAUAUUUUUUUAUAAUUCUGAAAUUCUCAUAAAUUCAGGAAGUUCUACUGAUUGAACUUCAAUGAAAAAGUUUCUCAGUAAUUCAAAAAGCUCUCAAUAUAAGUUCGCCAAGUCUUAUCGAUUUUAUGAAAUCCUUGUGCUUGAUUGAAUCGACCUUUACUCUUCAUCAUGAGAUUAAGCUGGCUCCAGUAUGCCACUUCAAAACCUUGAAAAUUUUUUUUCUAUACAAUAAUUCUUGAACUGUUCAAGAUCCAUUGAACGAUAUGGAUUUUUUUUUAAUCCUGACAAUCGAAGAGAAGAAUUUCAUCGACUGAAAAAUCGCAGAGCAACUAUCUUGAAACAAAUUGGUCCGCAAGCGCUGAUGUUUGCACAUCGUUCAACGGGCCGCAAGAAUGAUGAACAGAAAUUAAAAGUCUUUGCAGAUCUUCGCAAGACUUUGAGAGGAGCUUAUGCUGGUAAAACUUCCAAAUGCUAAAAAAAGUACGUUUGGUUAUUUAAUUCCUCAAAAACCUAAACCAGACAAAAAGACCACAAAGCUGUUUUUUUAUUAAUCAAAAACUUCAUUUUCAUUUUCUAGAGGAGAAGUCUCUGACCGGUAUUGAAACAGGCUGAUUGAAGUUGAUUACUUUUAGAUUGGUAUUUCAUUAAAAAUUCGUGAUAUAUUUUCAAUUGCUCUUUUUCCUUCAGAAAAAUUGCAUCUAUUCAACGGAUGAUUUUUACGCCCGAAGUGAAGUUUUCAAUAGUCUAUAGUAUUUGAAAAUUCAAAGUCGCCUACGGAAUUCCAAAGUUUUGAGUUAUUAAAGCAAAUAGAUAUGGCGUCAGAGAGAAGAAAUGAAGUGAGGCUGCUAACUCGAGAUCCGUCCGCCUACAGCUACGAGUAAAGUUCGAAGUGUGUAAAAAAGUUCGGUCACUUGUCAGAAAUUACUAAGACAACGGAACUCGUUUACCUGUUUAUUUCAAGCAAAAAUCUUUCCACCUGUCAGAAAAAAAAUUUCAAUGGAAAAGUUUGCCUAUUUAUUUUCUGGUAUAAAGAAUUUAAAAAAAAUUAAAAUCAUACUUGAAUUUCUCUACCAAACUACCAAUGUUCUGCUCAAUUGAAUCAAGGAUUUCUACCCAAAAAUACUUGCUCUAACAAGCGUUUAUUUAUCCUGAAGACUCAUAGUAUGAAUACCCCUGAUUGAAAAAGAAAUUAGUUUUUUCAGAAUAAACCCAGCUUGAUUGACCUACAAAAGCUGUCAAAAAUUAUCAAACGAGGCUCUUGACGUUAAGUAAUCUACAGACUCGUUUUGAAGGUAAUCCCAACUUUUUAAGCAACAAUCUAUAGAUUAUUAUACAAAAACCUUUUUUUUUUUGUCUAAGUUGAACCCAGUGCGUAUCUAUACAGCAUGAUGAAGAUUUCUGUUUCAUGCUCAAUACGUAAAACUGCAAGAAGCGUGAACAGUGUGGGUGGCCCACACAAUACUUGGACUUUACAGCGUCCGACAGUGUGCAGGCCGGACUACACCUCGGAGACUUUUUCGAGUUCGAAGCUCAUGGCAACUGUCGAGCGGCGCCGUUCUUCAGCCGUUUCUACGCCUGCGGGGGAGGCGGUAAGCUAUCACAAAUCUCCGAUUUUCUGGCGUUGAUAGGCACGCCACGAGAGAUGGAUGUUCGCAAAGCCGAUGAUAGGCCCAAGACCAAGGUGCUCAAGUCCAAAUAAACUUCAAAAAUGAGGUAACAAGAAAUAAUCAAAAAAUACAACUACCUAUUUUAAGCAAAUAUUUUUUUUUUAGUUUAUCCUUAUAAUUUUGUUGACUCAAUGCCUCUCUAACUCUACAAAUUACUCUCUUCACCGCUGUAGAGAGUUCAAAAUUUCUUGAAUGACUUGGGUGAAAACUAAUUGACUCAAUAAAUAUUGUCUCAAGGCAGCGGUUAAUGGACUUACUUCAGCCUGGCCCAUUAGACACUGUUUUGUGAGAUGGAAAGAGAAAAUCGCGGAGUUAUAAUUGAAUAGAUUCUCAAAAUUUAAGAACAGUUACUUGUUGCAAGCUGGCAAACUGCAAAAGUCAAAGAAGUUCGACGGCUUAUGUUAGAAAACUACGCGAAAAGCUCGAAACCUUCUAUAAUUUAAAAAAUGAACAGUUAAUCUGACUAUUCUGUGAUAGGCAGUUGAUAGAUCAAUACAGCUUAAAGCGAUUUGAAACGAGUGAAAGGACAACAAUACUUCUAGGAAACAAGAAAUCCGCCGAGAGUGAAUAUCGUGCGACAAAGCGCAAAGAAAGCGGCCAAGCGAGCGGUAAGUUUUGAAAGAAAAAAAGUACGCACUCCUGCGCGUUAGAUCGAGUCGAGUGCCGUCGGAAUCAGAGCAUUGGAUCUGAUCGCGGUUUUUCUUCUCACUAACUUUUUCGCUUGA